GCCAGCUUCUUAUGAAGAAUUGGUUGUGAACAAUAUAACAAUGCGCCAGUUAUAUAAGUCGGUAUCAAAACUGUUAUGAACAUUUAUUUGGAAAACGCAUCCCAAAAAACAAAAGCUGAAAACAUUAACGGAAACUAAAGCCAUUUCACACAAAAACGGAUGCUGAAAUUUGUUGCAAGUAAACCGUAAAAUCACAUGCAACAGUGUGGCAUCUUUUUACUGAUGCGUUUUACAGCCGAAUGUCUGGUUUGUACACGGUAAAUACCUGUGCGGCAGGAGUAAAAUCGUUUCAGGAUCGCCUAUUCAUAAACUUUAAUACCUGUAAAACGACGCAGCGAACGUUAUUGGUGGAAAUUAUUUCGAGAAUUCCUGAGGCUAAAAUUCAGACGCUACAAACGGAGAGAAUUUCACCCAGAUUCUCGCGCCUGUUCAUUCACGAUUUUCUUUUUCUUCGCGACUAGCGUGUAACAAAACAAAUCUAUUACUGCGUUGGAGAAAAGCGGAGUACAACAAAUCAAGAACGUUUCGAAAACAUACCUGAGAACAUAACUGUAAGUGCAAUUAGAGGAGAAGUAAAGAAGCCACAACACAUAAUGAAGGCUGUGAAAGGCAUUAUAAAAGGAGGAAUUCGACAUUUCGAACAAUAUUACUGAAAUAUUAAGUUCACAAUAUCAGAAGAAAAAUACGUUAUUGAAACUAAAAAUUAGAAAUCACUUCCGUGAUUGUCUGGCUUACAGCUAGAAGGAUAUUAUAGCAUUUAGCUUAAAGGAUUGACAUACAAAUGGCUUCCGGUUCGGACGACGAACGCGAGAUGAUUGAGGAGGAGGAGAGGGACGUACUUCCGGAUCUCUACGAACGCGAGAGCUCGGACUGCGGCGAUACGUUGUCGACGUCUGAAAACCGCUCCGUGACGUCAGAGGAGCGUUCACGAUCGAUGUCGCCGGAAUCGGAACUCGAAGAGCUAGAGGAAGUGCUGAGAGAUCAACCGAAGCCCAAAGUUAUUGUGUUUGAUUUAGACUACACCCUUUGGCCGUUUUGGGUUGACAGACAAAUGAACAUCGAGCUGCCUUUCAAACAAGUAGGAAAGAACGGAAGGGGUUUACACAAGGUAUGUGACGCCUCCGGCAGGGAGGUCAAAAGCUUUCCCGACAUCACACAUUUACUACAGAGGUUGCACAGCGAAGGAUACAAACUCGGCAUCGCUUCUGAGGCAUUCUACAAAGAGGAAUGUGCAAAAUUGGUGAAGUUAUUUGGAUGGGAAGAAUAUAUCGACUAUCAGGAGAUCUACCCAGGAUCAAAAAUAUUUCAUUUCGUAAAGAUUAAAAGAGCAAGCGGUGUCGAUUUCUGUGACAUGUUGUACUUCGAUGACGAGAAAGAGCAUUUGGCUGAGGUAGCUGGGACUUGCACAGGAAUAACAACAGUUUGGGCGGACCGAGGUGUUUCGGAGGAGAUCAUGGAAGAGGCAUUUCUGACCUUCGCAAAGAACCGCGAGAGCACAACUUAUUUCCGGUCCAAGCCGGUCACAAUAUCUCGAAGAAACUCGACGGAACCGUUCGUAAGUCUUCGACCCCUGAUGAAUUUGCGCAGGCGCAAUUCGAUCGAGACGGAAUCGUCACUCCCUGUGACGAAUGGUAUGUUUGGAGGAGCUACAUUGGCAGCCUUGGCCAACGGUAUUUCUGGACUGCACAUCAGAGACACAAACAGUAAAUCGAUUACGCACAAGUUUAAUCCCAAUUUACCGGGACUUAAUGGGCCAACUGGUGGAUCGAUUACUCACAAGUUUAAUCCUAAUUUACCAGGACUCAAUGGACCAAUUGGUGGUCCUCCACCCGGCAAAGCCAGGCGUCGUUACAGUAUUAUGUGAACCAAAAGUGCAAUUAACAUUUUUCGAAACUUAAUAUAACAUGGGAGUUAUAGUGCUACCAUACAAAUACGGAAAGUGUAACAUGACACUUCAAGACACUACUGAAUGUGGUGAACAAAAAUACCUACUGAUCAUAGAUGUCGAAUCACAGCCGUGCGUAGUGAUUAAUAAUGUCGAGUUGUGAACACGUCGCUUUACAUUAACUCUGUGCUUCCAGUAGCAAAAAAAGAUGUGGAAUGUGUACACAUUAUUUGCACAUAAUAAGCUUCUCAUAAUCUAUGUUGAGUAAAUAUUGGCUUGCAUUUGAGAGUAUGAGUAUCGAGAUAAUUAAGCAUAUGGAUUACCAUUUAUGUAUAACCAAAUUGUGUCAAUACUUGUUUCAAAAGUUAGCAUAGAAGCCAUUGUAUUCUUUGUUGACUUAGCAGGGUAUGAAAAGUAAAGGCUAAACAAAUAAUCAUGUUUGAUACUGCAAUUUGUAAAAUGUUACUCUAUGUAUAGUGUGUUGCGCGCCAAACAUGUAUCAACAUGUUAACCUAGAUGGUUAAUAAGCUGACACAAUAACGAAUUCACUUUCAUAGUUUUGUAUUCUUUUUGUGUAGCAACCGAGUGAACGUAUAGUAGUAACACUAUGAUACAUAUUCAACUGUGUUACAAUCGCAUUUCUAACUAUUGUAUUAUGCUGUUAUUGACGACGCACUACGCACGUUAUGAUAAAUAUUGCAAUACGUGUUUUCGUGUGACGAGAGCAUUAUGCCAACAUUGGUUUGUAUAACAGUAAAUGUUAUAACCGUCGAUCACAAAAGCACGCGUGCUUUUUACAGAUGUAUAUACUGGAACUGUAAUCAUACUAUGUUUUGAUAGAUAUGGUAUGGUCAUCGUUGGUGAAAUAAGUAAGAAUAUGCAAGUAACCAUCAUCUAAAAAUAGUGCUGAUUUAACGUAUAAGAUUGUUACAUAAAUAUUACCCUUGUUGAUAUUUGUUAAAAUAAAUCAUCGAAAUAUA